CUCGGAAGGCACUACACGGAUAAUGAGUUAGUUCGGAAAAUCUUACGGUGUAUGAUUCCCGAGUGGAAAUCCGAGGUUAGAGCCAUUAGUGAAGGAAGGGACUACAACACUUUGACCUAUGACACUCUACAGGGAAAGCUACUUACCUAUGAAUCUUCUACGCUUUAUCCUCCGGGAGACAACAAACAAAAGAAGUCCAUUGCUCUAAAAUCCACCAAGGAGAUUGAAGAGGAAAAUCAAAAUGAAGUGUCAAGUGAUGUAGAAGACAAUCCCGAACUUUCUCUUGUUAUCAAGCGCUUCAACAAAUUUGUCAAGAAAAAUUUCAAGACUAGAAAGGACAAAUCAAAGAAGGCAACACCACCCAAAUGCUAUGAAUGUGGUGAAUUGGGACAUAUCAAGCCCUAUUGUCCAACAUUGAAGCAAGACAAGGACAAGAAGAACAAGAAGAAACAAAAAGCUUAUAUUUCUUGGAAUAAUAGUGGAUCAUCCUCCGAAGCUAGUGAUGAUGAGGAAGAAACAGCAAAUCUUUGUCUCAUGGCAAUAGAGGAUGAGGUAUCAUCUAGUUCUUAUUCUACUCCUUUAUCUACUUCUGAUGAUUGUUUUUCAUUGGAUGAGUUACAUAGUGCAUUUAGUGAUCUUUAUGGUGAAUUUAUCAACUCCACCAAAGAAGCUAAAUUUGCCAAGGAAAAUGUCACCUCUCUUGAAGCCAAAUAAUCGAACUUAAUAAAGAGAUGGAAUUAUU